UCCGGUAUAUAAAUCCACUACCUCUUUCCUUGCCCUACUUCAUAUUUUCCAAAUUUCCAAUUUCAGAUUGUGUUGCUGAAGAAGAAAGAGAAGGCUUUACUCUCUGCGAAUUUCUCACUCUCUCUCUCUCUCUCACUCACUCUCUCUCUUCAGGAUUAUUACCGCGUUACUAUUUGCUUGUUUGAUUCAUUAAGCUUUUGAAGGUGAAGGCUUGCUUAUUCAACUAUGGGAGAUAGUGAAACAGUAGUUGCCGAAGCACCUGCAGCUGAGACACAUGCUGCUGCUGGGUUUGGUGACUCUGCCUCAAACCCUACUCAGGAAGCAGCUUCUACUGUUGCUGAGCCUGCUGCAGAGGCUGUUACUCAAGCCAAUUCAGCUUAUGCCUUAGGUUAUUCGAAUACUGGCGACGGGAAUGCUUAUGCUGGGGAUCCUAAUGCUAUGCAACCAGAAGCCCAAACCAAUUCAAUGGAGGAUUCCAAGCAAGGUACUGAAGCUCCAAGUGGGCUUGGAAGUGCAGCUACAGGCUCAAGUCAAGUAAAUGGUGGUCCAGUGGGUGCAAUAGCAAAUGCAACAGGACUUGAAAAUGGGAAUGCAUUAGGGAACACUGAUGGAUCGGCUGAUGAGAAACAGCUUGUGGAUGGUUAUGCUGCCAUGUCUGCUGAAGAAGAUCGACUGUGGAAUAUUGUAAGAGCUAAUUCUUCAGAUUUUACGGCUUGGACUUCCUUGAUCGAAGAGACAGAGAAGGUGGCCGAGGAUAACAUUCUGAAGAUUCGAAGAGUUUAUGAUGCUUUUCUAGCUGAGUUUCCCUUAUGUUAUGGUUAUUGGAAGAAAUAUGCUGAUCAUGAGGCACGGCUUGGCUCUGUCGAUAAAGUUGUUGAAGUUUAUGAACGUGCUGUUCAAGGUGUUACCUAUUCAGUGGAUAUGUGGUUGCAUUAUUGCAUAUUUGCUAUAGGCACGUAUGGGGAUCCAGACACUGUGCGUAGGCUUUUUGAACGAGGAUUAGCUUAUGUUGGGACAGAUUAUCUUUCUUUUCCUCUUUGGGACAAGUACAUUGAAUAUGAGUACAUGCAGCAAGACUGGGCCCGUCUUGCCAAUAUCUACACUAGAAUAUUAGAGAAUCCAAAUCAGCAACUGGAUCGAUAUUUCAACAGCUUCAAGGAGUUAGCUGCAAAUCGACCUCUUUCAGAGCUACAAACUGCUGAUGAAGCUGCUGUAGUGGCAGGUGCUGCUUCAGAGGCUGCUGACCAAACUGUUGAGGGAGAGGUUCGUCCUGAUGGUGCAGAAAAUUCUCCUAAACCUGUAAGUGCUGGAUUAACAGAAGCAGAAGAGUUGGAGAAGUAUAUCGCCAUUAGAGAAGAGAUGUAUAAGAAAGCUAAAGAGUUCGAUUCUAAGAUCAUUGGUUUUGAAACAGCUAUCAGGAGGCCAUACUUUCAUGUACGGCCACUCAAUGUUGGAGAGCUUGAAAAUUGGCAUAAUUAUCUGGAUUUUAUAGAGAGGGAAGGUGACUUAAGCAAGAUUGUCAAGUUAUAUGAGCGGUGUGUCAUUGCAUGUGCCAAUUACCCUGAGUACUGGAUACGCUAUAUUUUGUGUAUGGAAGCCAGUGGAAGUAUGGAUCUUGCAAAUAAUGUGCUUGCUCGGGCAACCCAAGUCUUUGUCAAGAGGCAACCUGAAAUACAUCUUUUUUCUGCUCGGUUUAAGGAGCAGUCUGGAGAUAUAGCUGGUGCUAGAGCUGCCUAUCAACUUGUUCAUACUGAAAUUUCUCCUGGUCUUCUUGAAGCGAUAAUCAAGCACGCGAAUAUGGAACAUCGACUGGGAAAGUUGGAGGAUGCCUUCUCUUUGUAUGAACAAGCCAUUGCCAUUGAAAAGGGAAAAGAACAUUCCCAAACAUUGCCGAUGCUGUUUGCUCAAUUUUCUCGAUUCGUCUAUUUGGCUUCUGGGAAUGCAGAAAAGGCAAGACAGAUUCUAGUUGAAGGGGUUGAGAAUGUUAUGAUGUCGAAACCGCUACUUGAGGCUUUAUUGCAUUUUGAGGCUAUUCAGCCCCCACCAAAGCGAGUUGAUAUGAACUAUUUGGAGUCAUUGGUAGUCAAAUUUAUAAUGCCUAACCCUGAGAGUCCUGGUGUUGUAAGUGCAGCUGAGCGGGAGGAACUUUCUAGCAUUUUUUUGGAGUUUUUGAAUCUCUUUGGAGAUGUCCAAUCUAUCAAGAGGUGUGAGGAUAGGCAUGCCAAAUUGUUCUUGCCACACAGGAGCAUGUCAGAGUUAAAAAAACGUCAUGCUGAGGACUUUUUAGCUUCAGAUAAAGCAAAAAUGGCAAGAUCUUAUUCUGUUCCAUCAGCUGCUCAAUCUGCAGUGGGUGCAUAUCCAAAUGCACAGAAUCAGUGGGCUAAUUAUGGUGUACAACCUCAAGCUUGGCCACCAGCCACACAGGCACAACAGUGGCCUGCUGGCUACACUCAGCCGGCUUCAUAUGGGGCUUAUGCUGGAUAUGGAGCUAACUAUCCAAAUUCUCAGGUGCCUGCAUCAGUUCCACAAAAUACUGCUUAUGGAGCCUAUCCAGCAGCAUAUCCGGUACAGCCAGCCGUUCCCCAGCAAAGUUAUGCACAACCUGCAGCGGCUGUGGCUCCUGCAGCGGCUGUGGCUCCUGCACAGCAACCUGCUGCAGUUCCUCAAGCCUAUUACGGGAGUUAUUACUGAGCUGCCUAAAUGAAAUGGCUCCUGUUUCUUCGUGUAUUUUGUUUUUCUCUUGGGUCUUCAUAUUAUAGGUUAGAUAUUAGGGAGUUUGGAGCAUAGUUGUAGUGAGCUCAAGUUUAUACCCAUUGAAGAUAGUAGAAUAUGAUUUUGAUUAACCUGCAAUUAUUAGUCACGUUGAUUCCAUAAAAGAUGUCUAUUUUUUCCUCUA